AUGGUGUCCACAUUCACUCCCAAAGAAGGCGGCUCUCAACCUGUGGAUGACAGAGCUGAUGUCAUCCAGGCCGGCCCUCAACCUGUGGAUGACAGAGCUGAUGUCAUCCAGGCCGGCCCUCAACCUGUGGAUGACAGAGCUGAUGUCAUCCAGGCCGGCCCUCAACCCGCGGAUGACAGAACGGAUGUCAUCCAGGCCGGCCCUCAACCUGCGGAUGAGAUAACUGAUGUCAUCCAGGCCGGUCCUCAACCUGCGGAUGAGAUAACUGAUGUCAUCCAGGCUGGUCUUCAACCCGCGGAUGAGAUAACUGAUGUCAUCCAGGCCGGUCCUCAACCUGCGGAUGACAGAACGGAUGUCAUCCAGGCCGGCCCUCAACCCGCGGAUGACAGAACGGAUGUCAUCCAGGCCGGCCCUCAACCUGCGGAUGACAGAACGGAUGUCAUCCAGGCCGGCCCUCAACCUGCGGAUGAGAUAACUGAUGUCAUCCAGGCCGGCCCUCAACCUGUGGAUGAAAUAACUGAUGUCAUCCAGGCCGGUCCUCAACCUGCGGAUGAGAUAACUGAUGUCAUCCAGGCUGGUCUUCAACCCGCGGAUGACAAAACUGAUUUCAUUAUUCACAACAUUUCAACACAAGUUCUCCUUUACAUGUAG